AUGCAUAUCUCUCUCUACGACAUCAGCAUCAUCGAUCUGCUCGAGGCCGAUCCGCGGCCGUCAUUUAUUGUCGCACUUGCACCACAACCGCCUACCGUCCUCUACGCAAACCCCGCAUUCUCAGGUCGCGGUGUUUUAUUAUCCCUCGUUUCCUCGAGCGCCGAAAACUUCUCGCCGUUAUGGCAAUGGAUCACAGAAGCUCCGUCUCCUUUAGACUCAGGGGACGUGUUGAGCCCUGCUGCUGUUCCUGCUCCGUCGUUCCUCUACUCGGGCGUUUACUGGACCCGUUUCAUGGUCAAUGAACAGCUAAUAGUUGUCGGAGAAAAUGAGCAGAUGCUCCAGACGGGGCCAGCCCGUAUUUUCCAAUCCGAUGUUUCUCAGGUCCAAGCUCCAGCGUCUUCGUCAAGGCUCAUCAUCCCUCUGGAGCCAGCGACUUUGAACUCUGCUGCUCUGGAGACGGCCCCGAUCUGUCCAUCAUCAUCGCCGGAUGAGCGCCGCAGCAGAUCAUUGCCGGUUACCAUUCCUAUCAGCUUGAAAGACCGGCAGUCAUGCCAGGGUGAACCGGUCCAAUCUUUGUCUCAGGGAAGAUCAGCUUCUGAUCCUGGUUGGAUACUUCCUGAUACCACUCCAGAACAACGUCCGUUUCUGGAUGUCAUCAACAGCGUGAACUGGGCCCAGACCCCCUUGGGCCCUAUGUACACAUGGCAUCCAAAGCUCAGAGAGACUGUCAACCAAAUUCUUGUCGACAGCCGUCCUAUCGCCAUUUAUUGGGGUCCCUCAUACACUACCAUCUACAACGAGGCCUUCAGCAAAAUAUGCGGCGCAAAGCAUCCCGCUAUGCUCGGCAUGCCUGUACAAGAAGCAUGGAAUGAGGCUGGCCAUCGACUCAAGGAGAUAAUGCGUGCUAUCCCUCCUAAUCACCGGGGAAGAGUCGAAGAUGAAUGGAGGUUCUUCGUCGAGAGGGAGUCCGAAGCUGAAGGCGACACUCCCUGGCUUGAAGAGACCUACCUGAAAUGGUCCAUCAUCCCCAUCAUCGAGAAUAACGAGUGUUUGGGCUUCAUGCACCCUGUUGCAGAGACAACAAGCUUACGUCUGUGGGAGCGUCGCAUGAAAAUGUUGAUUGACCUAGGAGAGGCCCUCCUCACAGCACGGGAUGUGGAAAGCUACUGGGAGAAAACGAUCCAGGAGCUAGCCGCCGUCGAGCCUCGGUCCGACGUACCAUUGGCGAUCCUAUACAUUGUUGAAAAUUCGCAAGACCCCCCAGGAACGCCAACUUUGAACAGUUCCUCGGUAGUAUGUCGCUUGGCGGGGACGUUGGGAGUCCCUACCAACCACCCAAUCGCACCACAAACGCUCGAUUUACAGUCCGAUAGCGAUGCACUUUCCUUGGCAUUCCGGAAGGCCUUGUCUGCACGACAUCCCAUCCUCCUACAAACAAAGGAUGGGACAUUGCCGCGGGAUUUGCUAAAAGGCCUGCAGUGGAGGGCGUUUGGAGGAGAUCCUUGCCGAGCAGCCGUGAUCUGUCCCAUUCGACCGACGAAAAAUGAGGCAGUGAUGGGUUUAUUGCUCCUUGGCUUGAACCCGAGAUGUCCCUAUGACAACGACUAUCGUCAACACAUUGCUCUGUUGAGUCAGAAGCUUGCGACUUCUUUAGCUUCAAUAGUGCUUUUGGAGGAAGAGACCCGAAGAGGCCGAAACGCAGCUGAAGAAGCCGCCUAUGACAAGGCCAUGCUAAAGGAGAAGCUGGCCAUGCAGACAAAGGAAGCCACGGAGUCGAUGCAGAUGUUUGAGGCAGUCGCCGAGUUUGUCCCUGUCGGGAUGGCCUUCGGCGACCCCCAAGGAGAAAUCACAUAUGCAAACGAUUCCUGGUAUAAGAUUACUGGUUACCCCAAAACGGACCGCAUCGAGAAGCAAGGCUUCAUAUCAUGUGUGAAGGACGAGGACCGGCCAGUUGUCAUUGUUGCCUACGAGAAGCUCAAGACUGCUGGCAACGUCCAAUUCGAGUUCCGGGUAAAGCGACCUGCCAGCAACGACGGCCAGGUCUAUCCUGUAACCCCACCCAGUUUUGAGAAGACCGGCCUCGACCUAGUCUCAGUCGACGACAUGACGGAGCGUCAUGUGAUGGCAACAGCGAGAGCCGAGUAUGGUGUUGACGGGAACGUCAUCCGCAUCCUCACCUGCCUUACAGACGUGACGGCACACAAACGUGCUGCCGAGGAAGCAGUACGCCGCGCGCAACAGGCUGAGAAUCUCAAACGUAUGGCCGAGUUUGCAACUGUUGGCUUGUACGACGUGGAUCUUGAAGGCCGGUUGCUUGGGGCAAACGAUGUCUUUUUUGAGUUAUGUGGGCUAGAAAAGGUUGAUCCCACUGAGGUGGACGUCCGGCCCUGGAAAUCUUGUGUUUGCGAGGAAGACUACUCGCUGCUCACCGAAAAGCUCGCGAGGAUGGUCAAAGAAGACAAGGUGCAGACUGUUGAAGUCAGGCUCAACACAACUUGGACCGCUGAUGACGGCUCGGGUCACAAAGUUGUCGUACCGAGGUGUGUCCAGGCAACUUUGAUGCCGGUGAAGUCCAAUGAGGGCGUCAUCACAAGCUUCACAGGUUGCCUCAGCGACAUUUCUUUGCAAAAGUGGCAGCUGGAUUGGGAGAAAGAGCGCAAGGAGGAAGCUCUUGAGUCCAAGAGGCAGCAAGAGAAUUUCAUCGACAUGACCUCGCACGAGAUGCGUAACCCUCUGAGCGCCAUCAUCCAUUGCGCCGACGCAAUCACUGCCACACUCACUCGGGUCGAGGAGCUUCUCGACACUCACGCUCGGAGAUCCGAAGCUGGCUCCAGGACGGACCACAAUAAGGCGGAAUCAGCAAUAAAUGCAACCAAACUUGAAGAUGGCUGGAGGACCGAGGCUCGCGACCUCGUCGAAAGCAGCAUCGACAAUGCCGAAACCAUUGUCAGCUGUGCUCAACACCAGAAACGGAUUGUGGACGACAUCCUAACCAUGUCCAAACUGGACUCGAACUUACUGGGUAUCACCCCGAUCAUCGUGGAUCCCAUCAAGAUGGUCCAGGAGGCGUUAAAGAUGUUCGAAGUGGAAGCACGGCGGGUCGACAUCAACUUGAGCAUGAUCGUCGACCCCGCCUACCGCGAGCUGGGCAUCAAGUACCUAGAGUUUGAUCCUUCGCGCUUGAAGCAGGUCCUUAUCAACCUGCUUACCAACGCUCUGAAGUUUACCAAGACUGGUCCGACUCGGAAUGUCUCGGUCACGAUUAGCGCUAGUCUAACACGACCAACGGAAGCUACAAGCAAAGUUCAGUUUAUACCCCGGUCACAAGAUACCGUCAACAGUGAUCAGGGCAACCAGUUAGCAUCAAAAAUCCGUGGAAGUCCUGUAUUUUUAAUGUUUGAGGUCAAAGACACGGGCGAAGGAUUAACCGAGGAGGAAAAGAAGAGCUUGUUUCAGCGGUUUGUCCAGGCAUCGAGCCGCACCCACGUAAAGUAUGGCGGCUCCGGGCUCGGCCUGUUCAUCAGCCGCCGCUUAACAGAACUCCAGAAUGGAGCUAUCGGCGUGGCCAGCCAGCCUGGGGUUGGCAGCACAUUCGGGUUUUACAUCGAAACCCGCAUUCCCAGCAGCAACGCCAUCCAAGAAGCGGAAGCAAGUGCAGCAGUCACCCGCAAGGCGAGAGGAUGCCAUCCUGUACUGGAUAUCUCGAGUGUUUCCCUCCAGGACAAGGCUAUUUGCACCAGAAAACGAGCUGGAACAAGCAGCACUUUGAGUGACUCAACCACUCCCACCUCCAAUGGAAGCAUCUUUGAUCACAGCUCGGUAUCACCCAUCGCUACACCCAUCAGCGAGUGUGCUCAUCCGUUGCCUGAAGUAUCAACUCCUCAAAUUAGGGGAGUCCUAGUGGUCGAAGACAACCUCAUCAACCAGCAGAUCACACGACGCGGUUUACUGAGCAUGGGCUUUACAGUCGACGUGGCUAAUCACGGCCUUGAAUGUCUUGAGAAGCUCCGGCGCACCGACCGAUUCAUCCAAGCACCAGAUGACACCGAUGAGGAGCCCCAAACAGGAGACGACGCUACCCCAAGGUCGUCUACACACCUUUUAACCUCUAACCCCCCUUUACCGUUGUCUUCCUCUACGCCCAGCACCAGCCAUGACUUCGACCAGCAACUUCUGUUCCCCCUCUCGAUGAUCCUCAUGGACAUCGAGAUGCCGGUGCAAGACGGCCUGACAUGCACGCGGCGCAUCCGUGAGCUGGAACGCGCGGGCCGCAUCCGUGGCGGGAGGAUUCCCAUCAUCGCGGUCAGUGCCAACGCUCGCAUGGAGCAGAUUGCGGAGGCGCGGCAGGCGGGGUGUGAUGAUGUGCUGGUGAAGCCGUAUCGCAUGCCGGAGUUGCUGGAGAAGAUGCGGCUUGUUAUGGGAUGUGUGGCGGCUGGGGGGGGGCUGCUGAGAGGCGGUGAGGAGGAUUAG